UUUUUUGGUUACUGUCAUUGCCAAAUAAUGGUUAGCUAACCUAGUCAACUUUAUUUUAUUCAAAUUCAACAACUGUAUAUCCAUGCAGGAUUCAUUACAGGAACAAGCAACAUAGGGGAGUUUUGUUUCGCAUGGGCGAUAGGACAUACUCAACACGGCCCUUGGCCGACCUGAGCAUCAAGGCCGUGUUCGUGUCGCAAGGAUAGGUUUCACAAUAAGCCAAUACUUUGGCCAAGCCUCACGUGCUUCUAGCACAUCCUCACCAUAGAUCAGCCAACAACAAUUGGCUGAAAUCAUCGGUGGAAUUAAGGAUGACAUAAGAAAGGAGGUACAAGAAGAACACAAGCAGCAGCAAAAGGCUUGGAUGAGGGCAAUUGAAGAAAAACAGUGGCAAAAUUUGGAGAUAAUGAAGCAAGAGUUAAAAAAAGCACUGAAAAUAGAGCUAUCUCAUAUUGCAUCACAUCAGUCAGCCCCCAUUGAGGUGCCAGAAAUACAAGCUCUACUUGCGCAUGUCAGCACAAAGGGUAGUUGCGCUGGACCUGAGGGAAGCGGAUUACUUAAAGAGCUUUUGAAUGUUGAUGACGAUCUGAUGGGCUUGUUCGUAGUUGUUGGGCAAAAUAUUGUGCUUACGGGCUUGGAAAAAGUGUUCGAGAAUUCAUCCACCAUACAUAAUGUUUGUUAUGCAAAUGACGUUGUUAAGGUGAAUGUUGUCAGAACAUACAUGCCUCACGCUGAGGUCCCUAUUCCUACAUCAGAGGUUUGGAUUCUUGAGCAAGCCGUUGGUACAUUCGUCGCAUGGUUGACACAUCUUGUUAGGAAAGUAACUAAUGAGGUGGUCGUGGGACCCGAUAAGCCUCCAUUGAAGUCUAUUGGAGAGCCAACAUGUUCACAUCUUUGGCCAUAGAUGACCCACUGGGAGAAUUGGUUAAGAAGUCCUAUGUGGUUUACACAAAGCCAAUGGAGUUGGCAUGGGACGGGGCGAAAUUUGGGUUACCUAAUUCCACAAAUGGUUUUUUCAUCACACAUGCAAAUGUGACUGAAAUCAUUUUAGGUGACAAAUGUUUAAACAUAUUUGUACUGCAGUUGUGGAUGAUGUUUAUGAAUGAUUGGAGUACAAGUAUUGGUUUUGCUCCAGUGUACGAUUUCCUUGAGCCUCAGUUUAUACGCUGCACAAAGGACACGCGUGAAGAAUGUCAACAGUACAUAGAAACAUGGGUCAAGGAAUCACAUCGAGAAGUCUACUUAGGACCUUACUUCAAUCAGGCACAUUGGCAACUUCUUGUGUUGUGUCCACGAGAGAACAUUGUAGUAUGGUUCUGUUUUGUACGGAGAAAGCCUGAUGUUUACAUUAAGUUUGCAGUGAACAAUGCAAUGAAGAAAAUAUGCAAUAAUUUCCAAGGCAAGGACAAUGCACCUCCACCUCCAUCUCAAUGGAUUGAGGCUAAGAGCCAUGUACAACCCAGAGCAUAUGAGUGUGGAUAUUAUGUGAUGCAUUGGAUGCGGUGCAUCAUCAGUGGCGGUUUGAAAAAUGAACUCCACAACGUCAGCGUUCGACAUGUUCUUGCUUGGGUCUUCCACUCCGCCGCAACCUUCUCAUUCCUUGGUCCUUCAGUCCACCGCAACCUUGCCAUUGUCUGUGUAGGUCUACAUAGGCAGCCACAAGGUUGGUGUUCACUCCGGUGGUCGUGCGGUUACAUCACUGUCAAUGAAAACCAUGGAAGGGCCCUUUUCUACUGGUGCUUUGAAGCUCAAUCUGAACCAUCCAAGAAGCCUCUCCUUCUCUGGCUCAAUGGAGGCCCCGGAUUCUCCUCUAUUGGGUAUGGCGCAGUUAUUGAGAUUGGACCUCUUAUAGUCAACAAAAAUCGGGAAGGACUACAUUUCAACACACACUCCUAGAUUCAAGAAGCAAAUUUGUUAUUUGUGGAGUCACCUGUGGGAGUUGGAUUUUCUUAUACUAACACAUCUUCUGAUCUCACCAUAUUAGAGGAUAAUAUUGUGGCUGAGGAUGCCUACAAUUUCUUGGUGAAUUGGCUACAAAGAUUCCCAUAUUUCAAAUCCCGAGACUUUUUUAUAUCACGAGAAAGCUAUGGUGUGAACCUCUCUAGAGAGAGUCUUGUGCAAGAUGAUUUAGUUCUUUGAGUAUCAAGAAAGUUCAAGUGAUGGUUGAUCAAGCUCAUUUAGUUAUCAUUUGCGUCUCUAUUGGGGUGGCCCUUGGAGUUUUGAUAGCUUAUCUCAUAUAUGUUGGCAUAAGGUGGUACAAAAAGCAAGCUCAUCUUAGCCGAUCUGCAAACGAGCCUAGUUUAACAACUAUCCCUAUACGAACAAAUGGAUUAAAAACUAGCAUUGACUUUAGUGUUUCUCUCACCAGUUCCAUAGCCACUUCAAGGUCACCAAAUCCUCACAAAAGCUCGUGUUCAACUUGGUGGAGUCAUCAGAAUAAAGAUGGUUUUGCUUCAGUAUCAGACAUUUUGAAGUACUAAUACAAAGAAAUUCAAAAGGCUACACAAAACUUCACAAAUACAUUGGGAGAAGGAUCCUUUGGCACAAUUUAUAAAGCCAUGAUGCCUACACGAGAGGUGGUAGCUAUGAAGAUGCUUGGACCCAAUUCCAAACAAGGGGAGAAAGAAUUUCAAGUAGAGGAUACUGCAUAGAUAAAGGACAGUUUAUGUUGGUUUACGAGUUCAUGAGUAAUGGAAGUUUACAAAACCUUUUAUAUGGUGACGAAAAGGAACUGAGUUGGGAUGAAAGGCUGCAAAUUGAUGUUGAUAUUUCACACUGAAUAGAAUACCUUCUUGAAGGGGCAGUCCCACCCGUUGUUCAUCGUGAUUUGAAAUUUGCUAAUAUAUUGCUUGAUCACUCAAUGAGAGCUAAGUGGAGACGCAGAUGGAAGUGUGUUGGUGAUAGGAACACGAUAUUGCGUUGAGGCUCUGGGAUUACCUUUAAAGUCUAGGUGGCGAACUUGGUACCAUGAUAAUCAGGGGUCCUAGGAGAAUGCAUUGUGUCAUGGAUUUCAUUCCUUCCACUGCAAUUGAAACUAGAGGUGUAGCACCUACACAAACUGUUGGUUAGGAAAUUAGUCAUAUUCAAAAUAUUUUGUUGAAUUUCAUUAUAUUUGUAUUGUAUUACAUAUAAGCAACAUAGCUUCUUGUACUUAUUCACUAACUAAUUUAAUAGUUGAAAUUUGACCUGGGUUUAUAAAUUUCACAAAAAUAAU